AUGGCUGGAACUGCUGCUAAAGGUAAGAUUAUGGCUGUCAUCGGUGACGAGGACACAGUUGUUGGAUUUUUACUCGGAGGCAUCGGAGAACUUAAUAAAGCACGCAAACCAAAUUAUCUUAUCGUGGAUAAGAAUACUGUUGUCCAAGAGAUUGAAGACGCUUUCAAGUCUUUGUGCUCUCGCGAUGAUAUCGCUAUCAUUCUCAUCAACCAACAUAUUGCCGAGAUGAUAAGAUAUGCGGUUGAUCAGCAUACAGCUUCUAUCCCAGCUGUUCUUGAAAUUCCGAGUAAAGAAGCCCCUUACGAUCCUUCGAAGGACAGUAUCUUGAACAGAGCUCGCGGUCUCUUCAAUCCUGAAGAUUUCCGAUAA